AAACUAAAUCAUCCAAAAAUUCAAAAAAUAAAAAAAGAAAGAAAAACAUUUAUAUAACAAAAAAAAGAGAGAGGAACAUGGCUAAUAAAAACGUACUAGGAUUAUAUUUGAUGUUUCUAGUAGUAUCAAGUGUGGUCUACGAGGCGCAAGGAACUUUCUUGCUAAAGAUGUACUUGAAGAGGAAAUUUUUACGAAAUACAAGGAACUUUACACCAUUCGCAUGCAAAGGUAUGUUAUUAUUAAUGAGUAGACUUAAACGUGGGUGUCCCGCGACUGAAGGGUUCAAGACUUUCUUUUCACUGUUCACGUCUUACGUGAAAUUCAUCAAAACGGCACCUACCACAUCGAAUACCGAUACUCAGCUAACAACGAAAGUUGACGCCCUCACCAAUGCUAUAUCUGUGUUGACUGGUACUAAAAGCGGAUCGAAUUCGAAUUUUAGAGAGACCAUGCUGUCAAUGGGAAAGACUUUGAUUGAGCAGAAAAGGAGUACUUCACAGCGCAUGACACAUCAGCAAAAGAAAGUGUUGGUUGCGGCUAUGGUGCAAUGGACUAAAACGGUAGCUACAUUGGUGAAAACAGCCGUAGAGACAGCAGGAAAGUCUAUUGAUGUAUCGAACCUAGGGCUUGACGUUGAUGUUAACUCCAUUGUUGGAAGUGGAAGUGAUGAAAGCCCAGAAAGCGGUUCCCCUGGCAGUGAUAGUCCCACAACCACCAGUUCAGGAAGCAAUACUGAUUCAGGUUCAAUCAUUUACGAAGACACUACCGGUGGAGGUUCAAGCAGUCCAAGUGGAAGUCCCGCAGACAGCCCUUCUUCUACCAUGACCACACAAUCCGCCGGUUCUACCCCGGGCAGCCAAAGUGGUACAACCACAGAGAGCCCGAAUGAUACAACUACAGAGAGCCCCAGUGGUACAACCACGGAGAGCCCGACUGGUUGUGACAGCCCGAGUGGAAGUCCCACUGACAGCCCGAGUGAUACAACCACAGAGAGCCCGAGUGGUACAACCACGGAGAGCCCGAGUGAUACAACCACGGGGAUUCCGAGUGGAAGUCCCACAGACAGUCCGAGUGGUGCAACCACGGAGAGCCUGAGUGAUACAACCACGGACAGCCCGAGUGAUACAACCACGGGGAGCCCGAGUGGAAGUCCCACGAACAGCCCGAGUGGUGCAACCACUGACAGCCCGAGUGGUGCUACUACGGACAGCCAGAGUGAUACAACCACGGAAAGCCCGACUGAUACAACCACGGGGAGCCCCAGUGGAAGUCCCACGGACAGCCCGAGUGGUGCAACCACGGACAGCCCGAGUGGUGCAACCACGGAGAGCCAGAGUGAUACAAACACGGAGAGCCCGACUGAUACAACCACGGGGAGCCCGAGUGGAAGUCCCACGGAGAGCCCGAGUGGUGCAACCACGGAGAGCCCGAGUGGUGCAACCACGGAGAGCCCGAGUGGUGCAACCACGGACAGCCCGAGUGGUGCAACCACGGGGAGCCCAAGUGGAAGUCCCACGGACAGCCCAAGUGGUGCAACUACGGACAGCCCAAGUGGUGCAACUACGGACAGCCUGAGUGGUACAACCACGGAAAGCCCGAAUGGAAGUCCCACGGGCAGCCCUUCUGGUACAACCACAGACAGCCCGAGUGGAAGUCCCACGGACAGCCCGAGUGGAAGUCCCAUGGACAGCGAAAGCUCACAAAGUUCAACAAGUAGCUCAUCAACAACAUCAGCGAAAGAAGUCGAGAUUCAAACAUCCAAAGAAGCAAGGUCGUUCAUUCAUGCCCUGGAGAAGAAGUACGCAGGAACGGUACAACUCGACACUUUCUUCGAGAAACUCAAGACUUCCAUGUCUGCUUCCACAAAGAUCUCUAACACUGACGAAAAACGCUUCGUUUCUAAAAUGAGUUCUGCUGUUAGUGCAGUGUCCGAGGCCGCAACUACUGUUAGUUCAAAGUUAGCCAAAUCACCAGAGGCGAAGAGCCGCAUGGAAUCUUCCAAAGAAAAAUUGAUGAAGACUUACAAAGAACUAGAAGACGUAAACAGUAAAAUAGUGAGCGAGAAUAAAGGCAAGACAGUGUCGUCCACACAAAAGUCAGAGCUUAAGCAGACACUCAGUAAAUGGGAACAAGUCACCACCCAGUUUGUGGAGAAUCUUGUUUCUUCGAGUUCUUCAUCUUCAUCUUCCUCAUCUUCCUCUCAGUCUCAGCAAUCUCAACAGUCUCAAAAAUCUCAUCAGUCUCAACAGUCUCAGCAGGGCAGUACCAUGAAGACUGAGACCAAUUGAUGCGACUCAAAUCAUCAAGAAAGACAAACUAGUACCGCCAUAUUUGAUAAUCAGUUACCAACUAGAGGUUUUUGUUUCUUUCAAUAAGACUAAGAUCGGUGUAGGCUGCAAUGUCUACCUAUAGACCGACGUAUGCAAAUAAUGUACACUGUAUGCGCUCUCUCUAUGCUUUA